AUGGCGACUAAGUCGUCUUCAGCUGCCGCUGCCAGCGGAAAGAGAAAGGCGUUCGGCAAGCACAAAGACGAUGGCCGCACGAAGGCCGCAAAGACCAGCUCUGGCAAGAAGCACAUCAAACCCGAAGUCGAAGACAACGAGUCCUCCGAUGAGGGAUCAGACCUCGAGUUCCACACCGGAGAGAACACAGAAUCCACGCCCAAAGAGUCUGGCAAUGACUCCAACCAGGCCAAGUCUGGCACAAGCUCCAGAGAGGCGCACGCGAAGCAAAAACAAAUCGCCCUCGAACGCAGAAACGCGAAGCCUCUGGCCGAUGAGGUGCACCGUACCAAGAAGCUGUGGGAGAAGCUCCGUCGCAAGUCGCAUGUACCCAAGGAGGAACGCACACAGCUCGUCGAGGAGUUGUUUACCAUCAUCACUGGCCGCGUCAAGGACUUUGUCCUGAAGCACGAUGCUGUCCGUGCUGUCCAGACCGCCGUCAAGUACGCCACCCCGGCUCAGCGCAGGCAGAUUGCGAAGGAGCUUCAAGGAACCUAUGCCCAGCUCGCCGAGAGCAGGUACGCCAAGUUCCUGAUCGGCAAGCUUCUGGUGCAGAACGACAAGGAGAUUCGUGACCUUAUCGUCCCCGAGUUUUACGGCAAAGUUCGCAAGCUCAUCAAUCAUGCUGAGGGUUCGUGGAUUCUGGAUGAUGUCUACCGCGGUGUUGCGACCAAGGAACAAAAGGCCAACCUCCUUCGCGAGUGGUACGGUCCCGAAUAUUCUCUGUUCAGGCAACCCAAGGGCACCGAGGUCAUCGGCGAUCUCUCCCAGAUUUUGGCCGACGACCCCGCUAAGAGGACAACGGCGAUGAAGUACCUUUUCGACAUGGCCAACGGCCUUAUUCAGAAGAAGAUGACUGGUUUCACCAUGCUCCACGACGCCUUGCUGCAGUACUUCCUCAACCUUAAGCCCGAGACCGACGAGUUCAAGGAGUUCUUCGAGACUAUCAAGGAGGACGAGGGUGGCGAUUUGCUCAAGAACAUGGCUUUCACCAAGUCGGGUGCUCGUCUCGUGUGCUUGCUCCUUGCGCAUGGAACCGCCAAGGACCGUAAGCAGCUGCUCAAGGCCUACAAGGAUACCUACCAGCUCAUGAGCGGUGACACCAACGCCCACACCAUCAUCCUCGCCGCCUACGACCUUCUCGACGACACAGUCCUUACAUCCAAGACGAUCUUCUCCGAAAUUCUCGGUAAGAACGACGAGAACGAGCACAUUGCUUUCCUCGCCAAUGACCUUAACGCGCGCACGACGGUACUAUAUCUCCUUGAGGGCAUGUCAAAAGCAGUGUUCCCCGCCAGCCACGCUACCGACCUCGAGAUUCUGAAGGAGAUUCACAAGAUCCGCACCAAGACCAGUAAGAAGGACCCUGAGGUUAGGCGCAAGGAGUUGGUGACGGCCAUGUCGCCUCAGCUGCUUUCGGCCGUCGCGAGCCAUGCCGCUGAUCUGGUAUCCACCUCUUUUGGCUGCCAGUUUGUUACUGAUGUUUUGCUGUCGGCGACGGGCGACAAGAAGGCCGCGUUGGAGGCUAUUGCCUCUACUGCUGGUGGCGAUCCCAACGCCGAGGCGGACGAGGAUGCCUACCAGGCCCUCCCCCCUCACAUCUCGACGACCAUUCACGGUGGCCGCAUGUUCAAGACUCUGAUUGCUGGGGGCCGCUUCGACAAGGCCUCGGGUAGCAUCCAGAAGUGCGACCCCCCGCUCAACUUCGCCGAUCUUCUCUACCCCGUCAUCAAGGAGCACAUUGUACAAUGGGCUACCGGCCCCAGCUCCUGGACGGUGCUGGCCAUGCUCGAGGCUUCUGACUUCUCCUCGAAGAAGGAGCUUCUCAAGACCCUCAAGUCUAACAAGAAGGAACUUACCAAGGCCGCCACCGAGGCACCAGCGCCGAAGAAGGAGGAGACCGAGGAGAAGCCAAAGGCCAAGAAGGGCAAGAAUGCCUCUGCCCCCAAGGGCAACCAGGGUUCCAAGCUUCUCUUGGAGAAGCUUGAGGCUUAG